UUAAAGGUAGAUUGACAGACACCGACUCCCGUUUUGCAGUUUUGCCAUGUUGGCAUAGACUUGUACUAUUUUAUGGGACCUGUAGAUGUCGAUGUGAAUUUCUUAGAAUGUUCAAGAAUCUAAAGAAGAAGCUUGAACAACAAGGAGAAAAUGUAAGCGACAGUGAGCGAAGUCUUCCUGGAUCACCUGUCCCUACUCAUCAGACGUCAACAAAACCAGGUACCCAAGUAUCAAGUCCCUUAAGCAGGGAUCGCCAUGGUUACGAGUCUGAUUCUGCAGCUACUUAUACCGGAGGACAUGGCAGUGCAGUAAACUCAAAAUCAGCCAAUGAGAUCCCAGGGACACAAGAGGAGCUUGCAGCUUCCUUGUCAAAGCGAACAGAACAGUGUAAAAAGUAUGAGGCUACAAUCAAAGAAUAUGCUGCAAUAAUCAAAGAGAAGAACAAGACCACAGAAAAGCUUGAGCAGACAUUGAAGAAACAAGAAGAUGAUUCUGCACAGAAAGUUCAAGAACUCCAAGAGCAGUUUCAAUGUAAGCAGGCCAAAAUGUCCGAAGGGUUUACUCUGGCCCUACAGAAGAAGGAUGAGGAGAAAGAGGAAGUUUUACAGAGAUUACAACAAGUGGGAGAUUACAAACAGAAAUUCUUCAAACGAGAAGAGGAGAAUGAUGAGUUUCAGGGACUCACCACCCAGGAACUGGCCAAGGUCAAACAUAUGCUGCUUAACACGCAAGAAGAAGUGUCACAAUUGAAACAAGAAUUGGAGAAUAAAUCUACCAAAUUGGACCAAGCAGAACAGAAGGUGGUAAAAUAUGAACAGGAAGUUUCAACACUCCGAAGUCAGCUGGAUGACCAAAGGCUUCAAUGCGGUCAGUUAGAGGAGGAGGCACAGGCACAUUCCAAGUUGGUGGCCAGUCUGUCCGGUGAGAAAGAAGCAUGUGAGAAGGCUAUAGAAAGACUGAACACAGAGCUAUCCCAGCUUUCUACUCAGUUGAAAUCUGUUGAGAAUGCCAAAGCCGAACUGGAAAAUGGAAGUGAGACAUUGCGACACAACUUUGACCAACACAAAAAUAAGACUACACAGCUACUGGAGGAGAAGGAUGACCAUGUCUCACAGCUUCAGGACCGAGUGAAGAUGCUGGAGCAGAGAGUACAAGAUCAAAGUUUAGGUGGAGAUGAGAGGGUACAGGCUGUCCUGGCAGAGAGAGACAACCUUGAGAGAAAGUUGGAGGAGUCACACCAGCAGUUGUCUGAGAUAAAAACGACAUGGAGUAAUAAAAUUUCCCACCUGGAGGAGCAGAUCACACAUUUAAAUAAAAAGAUUGUGGAAGACAAUGAAGAAAUGGCACGCAGUCAGAAAUCUUCUGAAUCCUCAAGACAGCAAUUGAAGUCACAGAUCACAGAUUUGCAAUCAAAGGUUGAUGAUGCAGAAAACAGGGCAGAAGAAAAUUGGCAACUGGCAAACAAGAAAGAUUCUCUCUUUGAAGAACAGAAACACAAUUUACAAGCUGAAAUAACAAAGUCACACAUGGAGAAAUUAGACAUGGAGACCCAGCUGAUUGCCAAGAUGACCUCCCUUGAAUCACAAAUUCAGUCCCUGGAGGAAGCGAAAACGCAUGAAAAGAGUUUGGCUCAGCAAAAUAUGACUCAGUUAGAGAGUCAACAGCAGGGUUAUCUAGACAAUGCUGUACGGUUAGAGAGACUUGUGGAGGAGGUGGAGCAGGACAAAAACAAGUUAAUGAAUGAGAAUUUGGAGAAGGUGGAAGAAAUAGCAAAACUACACAAGGAUAUGACAGAUCUACAGACAUGUAAAACAGAGCUUGAAGCUAAGGUGACAUCAUUAGAAGAACAAGUGCUGUCUGUGAAGCAAAAUACAGAUGUUUUCAAAGAACAAAAGGCAAAGUUAAAAGCUUCUGAAAAAGAAAAAGAUGAGCUAAUGGUGAGAAAUGCUGAGCUUUCACAACAACUCAAGUGUAUGGAGGUGAGGAAAUCUUCGGAGGAACAACAACUCAGUGGGGAGGUGAGAGACAAGGAGAACCUUAUUGAAGCCCUUCAACAGGAAGUGAAGGACAAGCAGUCACAGGCUGAACAGAUGAAUGAGAGGCUACAACAGUAUGAAGGUCAGGUCAAGGAAUUAGAGGUUCAAAGGUCAAAGUCGGUGGAAGACAGCAGUACAAUGUCCACACUUCAGCAGACGGUCACGAGUCUGGAGGAGCAGCUAGCGGACAAAAACAAGGCCUUGAAAAAACAGGAGCAGAGGUUAGCUGAUUUAAAAAAGACUUUACAAAGAGAAUUGAAAGUACAGGCCUUACCCAACGACGAGCCUAUCGUUGUGAGGGGUGCUUCAGAUCAAAGUGCUAUCUCUCAGAGAUUAACCCCACCAAGUAGACCCUCUCCUCCCCGGGAUUAUGUUUACAAUGGAGGAGGGCUGAGCCCCAAUAGGCUCCUAGAAGUACACAGUCCAAAUUUACACAUGCCAGGGGGCGACACGUCACUGGACAAUGAAGUGAAUUUUCAAUACCUCAAACACGUGGUGCUAAAGUUCAUGUUAAGUAGAGAAUCUGAGGCUCUCCACUUGAUACGAGCUGUUUCUGUGUUGCUCCGAUUUACUCAUGAGGAACAAAAACUUAUUCGUGAAACUCUGGAGUGGAAGAAAUCGUGGUUUGGUAGCCGCCCACCAACUGGUGCAGGUCAAACGACAAAGUUUAUUCCUCCAUCAUAUUGACAAACUAGAAUACCAAGCUGUGAUUAUUUGGAUGUAAAAAUGGGUAAACAAAAGGUGUAUGUGUUAACAUGAAAGAUAGUGUUAACACUGGGGAUGUAUUGGCCUAUAAUUUAUAAACUAAGUGUAUAUGUGACAGUUUAUUAUUGUGUUGGUUUUUCUGAGGUUAGCAUGCCAUAUAAAGAUGGACUUCAUUGGACUCAUAAUUGGGCACUGGCAUGUUCAACUUUAUUCUGUGCAGCUCAAUCUCUCUGUGUGAUACACUAUGUUACCAUGGUAAAGUGACAAUAUCAACAUUCUGGAAGUGUGAUCCACUAUGUCACCAUGGCAAGGUGACAAUAUCAACAUUCUAGAAGUGUGAUACACUAUGUUACCAUGGCAAGGUGACAAUAUCAACAUUCUAGAAGUGUGAUACACUAUGUUACCAUGGCAAGGUGACAAUAUCAACAUUCUAGAAGUGUGAUACACUAUGUUACCAUGGCAAGGUGACAAUAUCAACAUUCUAGAAGUGUGAUACACUAUGUUACCAGGUCAAGGUGACAAUAUC